CGAAUCUCUUGAAGGUAAUUGUGGGUUUGUCUUUGCUAAUGGACAUGGUGAUGGUCAUCAUGGGUGGAUAAUUAAUUCUGGCGCUACAGAUCAUAUGACUCCGGAAUCUGGUGACCUUCUUACAUCUACUACACCACGUCGAGAUCAUAUUUACAAUGCUAAUGGACAUAGCUUUCCUGUGAUGGCUGCUGGGCGUGUGUCUGUCACGCCUUCUCUCUCUAUCUCAUACCUUGCUUGUUCCUUCAUUGUCUAAUCGUCUGUUAUCAGUUGGACAGCUUACUAGUGAGUUGAACUGUGUUGUGCUUAUGUACCCUGAUUUUUGCCUGUUUCAGGACAUUCUCACGAAGGAGAUUAUUGGGCGUGGUACUAAGAGGGAGGGGCUGUAUUUCGUCCCUCUUGACGUCUCGUACGACGAGAGGGGGAUCAAGAUCAAUGGUCGGAGCAAGAUCAUCAUCUCCGGUUCGAUACAUUACCCUCGUAGCACUCCUGAGAUGUGGGGUGAUCUCAUUAGAAAAGCAAAAGAAGGCGGCCUCAAUGCCAUUGAGACUUACGUUUUCUGGAAUGCCCACGAGCCCCUGUACCGUCAGUACGACUUCGAGGGAAAUAAGGAUCUAGUCCGGUUUAUCAAAACCAUUCAAGACGCCGGGCUCUACGCCAUUCUUCGCAUCGGCCCGUAUGUAUGUGCGGAGUGGAAUUAUGGAGGAUUUCCCGUCUGGUUGCAUAAUUUGCCUGGUAUAGAGAUGCGAACAAACAACACCGUUUAUCAGAAUGAGAUGAAAACGUUUGUCACGGUGAUAGUAGACAUGAUGAAAAGGCAUAAUCUUUUUGCUAUCCAAGGUGGCCCUAUCAUCGUUGCUCAGAUUGAGAAUGAGUACGGAAACGUGGAAUGGGCUUAUGGCAACAACGGGAAGUCAUACAUGAAUUGGUGCGCGCAAUUGGCCCUAAGUUAUGGUGUCGAUGUUCCAUGGAUCAUGUGUCAACAGAACGACGCCCCAUCGCCUUUGAUCAAUACAUGUAAUGGAUGGUAUUGCGACCAAUUUUCUCCUAAUAAUCCUAAGAGUCCUAAAUGGUGGACUGAGAACUGGUCUGGAUGGUUCAAGGAUUGGGGUAUGAAGGAUCCACAUAGGACUGCCGAGGAUCUUGCUUUUGCUGUAGCCAGAUUUUUCCAAUAUGGUGGAUCGCUUCAGAACUAUUAUAUGUACCAUGGCGGAACGAACUUUGGUAGAACAGCCGGCGGUCCCUAUAUCGCCACAUCAUAUGACUAUGAUGCACCACUUGAUGAAUAUGGUAACUUGAAUCAACCAAAAUGGGGACAUCUGAAACGGCUCCACGAAUUGAUCAUGUCCAUGGAGGAGAUCCUUACGCACGGAGUGAAGAGGGAUGUGGAUUACGGAAACAUGAUGUCGGGCACCGUGUACAUGUACGACGGGAAGCAAAUUUGCUUCCUGGGCAAUGCCAACUCAAACCAAGACUUCACCGUCAAUCUCAUGGGGAACAAUUACACAGUCCCGGCUUGGUCCGUCAGCAUCCUCCCUGACUGCUACACCGAGGUCUACAACACGGCGAAGGUUAAUACCCAACAGUCGCUAAUGGUGAAACUGCCCAAUGAAGCUGACGAUCAAACGGAGCCCUACGAAUUGACAUGGGAUUGGAGGCCCGAGCAUCCCGAGCACUUGCAUGAUGGCUUAGCUAAAGGAAGUGUGAUGACCGUGAACAAACUUUUGGAUCAAAAGACCGUCACUAAUGACACUAGCGACUACUUGUGGUAUCUAACUAGUCUUGAUUUGAGCAAGAACGAUAGUCUCGUGGGCAAGAAGAUAACCUUGCAUGUCCACACCAACGGACACAUCGUUCAUGCUUUUGUUAACGGGAAGCACGUCGGGUCUCAAUGGGGUUCAAGUGAUCACUUGGAAUUCAUCAUGGAGAAAGACAUCAAACUGAAGCUUGGCAAAACCAACACAAUCUCGCUCCUCAGUGUCACCGUUGGUUUGCAAAAUUAUGGGGCCAACUUUGACACGACCAAGGUCGGGAUUCACGGCCCGGUGAAGCUGAUCGGCAACAAAGGCCAAAGCGACGAGGUGACCAAGGACUUGUCGACCAACCCGUGGACGUACAAGGUGGGCUUGAACGGCAUGGAAGUAAAGGGACUCCAAUUGGACAACGCACGUCACCAACAUGGAUGGAAAUCUUACAAUCUCCCUUCCAACAGAUUGUUCAUAUGGUACAAGACAACCUUCAAGGCUCCUUUGGGCAGUGACCCUGUGGUCGUGGACUUGCAAGGGCUUGGCAAAGGCGUUGCUUGGGUCAAUGGCCACAACAUUGGCAGGUUCUGGCCGAGCUACGUUGCUGGUGAGGAUGGUUGCACUACAACCUGCGAUUACCGUGGAGCCUACAAUUCCAACAAGUGCUUGACCAAUUGCGGGCAACCUAGUCAAAGAUGGUAUCACAUCCCACGGUCCUUCCUUGAAGACGAUGGCAACAAGCUGGUACUUUUCGAGGAGUUCGGCGGCACGCCGCUCCACGUGAGGUUCCAGACUGUCACGGCCGGGACGAUCUGUGCCACUACCGACGAGGGGAAGAAGCUGGAGCUGUCGUGUCAAGGUAGGCGCGUGAUGUCAGAAAUCCGGUUCGCCAGCUUCGGCGAGCCGACGGGUGCUUGUGGGUCUUACGCGAGGGGUAGCUGCGAAGCUCCCAACACGCUCUCCGUCAUUCAGAAGCAAUGUCUUGGACAAGAGAGCUGUACGCUUGAUGUUUCGGAGAACACUUUCGGACCCACGGGAUGCCAUCAGAAUGUUUAUAGACUUGCUAUUGAAGCUACUUGCGAUUCUCCAUAG